AUGGCAGAAUCAUCGGAUCAGUCUGAACCCAUCUACUUCUGGAGGGAAACAGAUCCCCAGACAGGCUAUCUCUCCCAAUGGUACCACUGUCCCUUUCGAGACGACAAAGACCCAAACAUCAUCUACGAAACAGCAGAACACUACAUGAUGUACCAAAAAGCACUCCUCUUCAACGACCAAGCCUCCGCACACAAAAUCCUCUCCAGAGGCCAAACCCCCCGCAAAGUAAAGUCCCUCGGCCGCAAAGUCGCAAACUUCUCCGAAGCGACGUGGAACGCCAAGCGCGAGGUCAUUGUCCGGCAGGGCAACUACCUGAAGUUCACAAACGCCGUCAAGGAAGUCGGCUUCUGCCGUGGCUCGGCUGCUUCGGCGGGCGAGCCGCUUGUGGGAGGGUCGUUGAGGGAGACGCUGCUGAGCACGGGGCAGAGGGAGCUUGUUGAGGCGAGUCCGUUUGAUGCCGUUUGGGGGAUUGGGCUGAAGGCUGCGGAUGCGGAUGCGGGUGGGAAUAGGGAGGCUUGGGGACUGAAUCUCCUGGGAAAGGCGUUGAUGGAUGUGCGCGAGAGGUUGCGGGAGGGGAAGGCGGCGGCUGCUCGUGUUUGA